CGGAGGUAAAGGGAGGGUGUUCGACAUAAGAGAUCUGAGUGGGUCGCCGAGAGAGGUUCAAAGACAAUGAUGGAGUUAAUGACUGGCACCCCUCCAAAUCUCUUUAAUGGAACAGAUGACUUUGGAAGUAAUGGCUCUAUAUAUGAUGAAAGCACAGAGUAUGACUACAGAAACGACCACGCCGAUUUGAGACAUUCUCUGAACACCAUGUCUAUCGUUGUGUACUCCCUGGCUUUUGUCCUCGGUGUGCUCGGGAAUGGAGUGGUUAUCUGGGUGACCGGGUUCAAGAUGAAGAAAACUGUUAACACAGUUUGGUUCCUCAACCUUGCUGUGGCUGACUUCCUCUUCACUGCGUUUUUGCCCCUCAGUGUGACUUACACAGCUUUGGAUUUCCACUGGCCUUUUGGCAAGUUCAUGUGCAAGCUGAACACCACUAUCAGCUUUCUGAACAUGUUUGCCAGUGUCUACAUUCUGGUGGUGAUCAGUGUGGACAGAUGUGUGUCUGUGGUGUGGCCCGUCUGGGCUCAGAACCACCGAAAUGUACGCAAGGCAUCCUAUGUGAGUCUGUGUGUUUGGGUGGUGGCUUUGAUUCUCAGUGCUCCAUACUUCAUCUUCAGGGACAUCGGGCCAUCGUACCACAAUAAGGAUAUCAUCAACUGCUUCAACAACUUUGCUCUUUCUGAUGAUGAAGACACAUACAAUGACACUCAGUUGUUUCGUCAUCAGGCCAUGAUUUUCACACGCUUCCUACUGGGAUUUGUUGUGCCCUUUACUGUCAUUGUCUCCUGUUAUGCUGUUAUAAUCCAUCGUCUCAGAAGAAACCGCACACUGGCCAAUCAGUCAAGUCGCCCCUUUAAGAUCAUCGCUGCCAUUAUCAUCACUUUCUUUCUUUGCUGGGCUCCCUUUCACAUCAUGGGUCUAAUUGAGAUGGCAAAUUACAUGCCAGAAUAUUCAAGUGAGAUAUUAGAUGAUAUCACCAUAAUUGGGUUACCAAUAGCCACCAGUAUGGCCUUUCUCAACAGCUGCCUGAAUCCACUGCUGUAUGUGUUCAUGGGCCAGGAUUUUAAAGAUAAAGUCCGCAAAUCCAUCCUGAUUGUGCUGGAGAGUGCCUUCCAGGAAGAGGUUUCUCGCUCAUACACCUAUACAAACUCAAUGGUCACCACUCGCAGCAAAGAUAAGUCAUUUUCUGAUGCUGAGUUAUAAGGCCGUUAAAGACAUGAAUAAACUUUCUGAGUAGAAAUAACUGUAUAACAAAUCACUUUUAAACAACUUUUAAUCAAAAGUUCUCUUAAUCAAAAGAGUUAAUCUGUCAGGUGUACAGGAGGAUUUCCUCUUUAUCUUCACUUUUUUGUUGUGACAGCAGAGUGUUUCUCAGCUACAGCCUCUUAGACUUUGUUUUAGUGAUACUGUACAAUAAGCUUGCAAUUCAUUUAUGUGUUAAAGCAUUGAGGAUGGUUAAAAUUGUUUCAGUGGCAACUAUUUAGUAUUUGUAGCAACACCUGAAAUGAGAUGCGUGUUACUUCUAAGGUGUUCACAAUCUGAGUUAAAUGUAUCGAUCUAUGGUAGGUGUGAUGUUUUAUUAGUUUUGCUGUCACACUUUCUCAGACUCAGGGUAUAAAAAGAUCUGCAAAUUUUUCGAGAAGAGAAACUAGUUUCAGAAUUGGUAAUUUGUUUGUGGUUGAAUUCAUGCAACACAAGCAAUACCAAUGUAUCAUCUGUAGGAAGGAAGCAUCUUUUGUUCACACUCCAGUAAAUUUCUUCUUCUCUGCAUGAGACAUAAAAGAAACCAGAUUAGAAGUGCAUUACCAGUUCAAGAAUAGGCCUUAACUUAUGGUUUUACUGAUCACUGACAUAGUAAUAAAGACUGUGCUUCUUGCUAGACAAUACAUUGUCCUGUUAAUUAACCUAUCAAAUUUUACCCUGUAAAUAAGCACCUAGAGGUGACCCUUGUUAUGAUUUGUCAAUACAUAAAUACAACAGAAUUUAAAUUAGAUGAAUCUACAAAACUGAUUCUGCCCAGUAUAAAUGGUGGAGUUUGAAAUAAAAGUUUUGAACCACUGAACUAACUGAUAACAAUUAUGAUUGUAAAUGACAAAACUGGCUCACAAUAUUGAAAACAAAUGGCACCUUUAGGUACAUAUGAAAGUAAAAUGUGUAACCCUGUAAUCAAAUUCUCAUUUGACAGAAAUCUAUUCUAGUAUUUAUUUAUUUGAGCAUAAUGAACAACAGAUCUAAUGGAUAGAUACUGACUAUAGAACCACUGGAAAGCUGAUAGGGAGUGAGAGGUCAAUGUCUGUGGCCUUCAUAAGUAUUGCUAUAAUUCUUCAAAUAUUAAUUAAUUCUGUUUGUAACCAAAAAGACUACAAAUCUACAUUUUUUUACAUUUCAGAGAUAAAAUCAGCCUUUUGGAGGUUUACCUCAACAACUAAACUAGAAGGAACAGUUGUCAGUCUUGUUGCCAGUCCUCGAUCUAUCAAAUGAAUAAUCAUCCAAUCGGUAAAAAUGUUAUGAGUUUGGUAAGCAUGUCGUCAACAUUAUAUAAUCUUGAUUCCACUAUAAGAAAAAAAUGUAUUUUUUAAUUUUUUUUAAUCCCAAAUGGCCAAAUCUACUUGUCUUUAAAUGUCUAUAAGUAUUGUAUUACUAUUGUGAAUAUUUCUGUCAACAUUAUUUGCAUCAAUAAAACAUUUUUGGCUUUAAUGC